UCGAAGCCACAAGUGGAGCAAGUUUUUUGUGCUAAAUUUAAUUUUGCAUUCACACAACGACAUAACAAGUUCCCCCUAGAACCAGUUGCGAAUCAAGCUGCUGCUGCUGAUCCAGUAUGAAAUUCAUUCUUAUUGCCACCGCUUUGAUCGGUCUCGUGGCCGCCCAGCAAAAGUACACGAGCAAAUUCGAUAGCAUCGAUGUGGACGAAAUCCUGAAGUCGGAUCGGCUGUUCAAGAAUUACUACAAGUGUCUGCUGGACCAGGGUCGCUGCACACCGGAGGGUAACGAGCUGAAACGUGUACUACCGGAGGCUCUGGAAACGGCUUGUGCAAAAUGCACCGACAGGCAGCGCAAUACUUCAGCGAGGGCUAUAAAAUUUCUUUCGGACAACCGACCGGCAGAGUGGAAGGUCCUGAGAGCCAAGUAUGACCCAAACAACAGGUACAGCACAAGAUACCAAUCGGUUGGCAGGCAACAGGGAAUCAAUUUGUAGGAACCUGGUCACCGCGGUGAUUUGUUUUCUCUGUCACUAUACCACCUGUAUAUUUGUGCAAAUAAAAGUUGAUUAGAUACAGCAAUAGUGAAAAA